AUUUUGUUUUACUAACACUGUCUCUGCGACAAAAAUGUAUCAGCCAACAAGUCGCGUGCCAAGUCGUACUUCUAGUCGUGCAUCUAGUCGUACAUCGAGUUAUUGUUCUAGUCGAGAAUCCAGCAUUCCUUCAAGUCGUGGAUCGCGUCAUUUUUCGGAUGAUGAGGAUCAUCAGGUACCAUCUCAACUUGCACCUCAACCUGUUAUUGAAGGUGAACCUUCAAGUGGUUGGUGGUUGUAUAAUCAGACACGACGUCUAAUAAGAUCUAUACGUGAUCGCAAACUGGAGGAUGUUCAGAAACCAGUUUCUGAGGGCGACACUCGCAGCGAUGUCGUGCCUCAGCGAUCGCUUUUUCGUAUGCUAACAGGUUUAUUUAUUAGAAGCGAGGAGAGUGACGACGAUACACAUUCUAAGGGUUCCGUUCAAUCUUCACCGGCAUCACCUGACUUGCGUUCUUCGUUACCUUCACGCCGUCAUCGUCGCAAAUGGCGAAGUAGGAGUGUUUCAUCUCGUGGUGAUAGUGAUUCUGAGCGCACGUUAUCGGAUAGUGACUCUAUCAGCAAUCGUGUUUACAGGCCAAAUAUACCUAGUGAAAGUUGGAGUGACAAUGAGUUUCAGAUACACCGUUCCCUUCCGUAUGGCGAUAUAUCUACUAUAGAGGUUGACAAUAUAGACCCUUUAGAUGGUGCCGUUGGCAUUUACAAUCGCAGUUUACACAACAGCCGUCCUUUUGAAUCUCAUGGUCCCCGUGCACAUUCUGAUGAUACCAAUUCCCGUGGAUCGUCGGACAGUCGUCGUAGCUUGUGGUUGAUUGAAUGUUUUGAUUCGUUACGUAAGACUAAUUCCGAUGCAUCUCCUGAUGGCCAUGUAGUGGACUCUUCAAUGCCGUAUUUUCAGACUGGCAUUUACGGUCAGGAUAGAGAUGGCCACGGUUCGUCAAGUUCUCGUGAGACUCAAUCUGAUGAUGACCAUGUUGAAGAUCGGUCAUCUCGUUCAUCACGUAACCGUGAGCGUCGUUUGUUUAGUCUUCGUGGUAGCAUAUCGUCACUUCGUCGCAACUUAUCGUCACCUAAAUCUCGAGCUGAUAAGGACAGUGAUUCUGACAACUCCAGCAAGCGUUUGAGUAUGCUCGGUUCACGAUCAGGUUCUAACCGUGACAGCAGUGCAGGAUCACUUUCUGAUGGUGAAAUGUCUCCUGGUAUUGUUCGUUCACCAUCUCACGGUGCAGUAACAGGAUCUCCUAACUACUGGCGUGCUGACACUCCUGUUGCUCGUGAUGAUUGGCAACCUCGUGGUCAAAUAUCUAGUUCAUUAGCAUCACGUAAGGAGCGUGUGAUUUCAUUGACAUCCAAUACUUCCCCUGACUUAACCACUGGUUGUAUAUCUUUAUCUAAAUGGGAUCUUCAAUCAGUUCGUAAAUUAGAGGAAGUUUUUAGUUCAUUACCUCUUCUUAAGGACACCCCGUUGCCUGCUCGUGGUGACUUAUUUCAGCGUAAGCUCAUUGCUUGCCAAACUGUGAUUGAUUUUAAUUUCAAGCGUGUUUUACAGCGUGCCAUCGAGCUUAAGCGUCAGACAUUAUUGGAGAUUAUCGAUUACAUCAGCACUGCUCGUAACUGUUUGAACGAGGCUGUAUUGCGUGAUGUUAUUGAUAUGGUAUCGGCUAAUGUAUUUCGUAGUCUACCUCCUCGUUCUCGUAAGUGUCCAUUCAGUAACGACAUUGAUGAUGAUGAGCCCACUUUGGAGAAAUCAUGGCCUCAUUUACAGAUUGUCUAUGAUGUCUUCUUGCGUGUGGUUGUGAGUAACGAAGUCACAUCGAAGAUGGCUAAGAACAUGAUUGACAAGCCUUUUGUGACCAAGUUAUUGGGUAUGUUGAAUUCUGAGGACCAGCGUGAGCGUGACUAUCUUAAGACUAUUUUGCAUCGUAUAUAUGGCAAGAUCAUGUCACUUCGGAAUUUCAUUCGUAAAUCCAUUGACAAUGUAUUUAUCACUUUUAUCUACGAGACUGACAACCCAUAUGGUAUUACUGAGCUACUUGAGAUAUUGGGUAGUAUCAUUAAUGGUUUUGCGAUUCCUCUUAAGGAGGAGCACAAGGUAUAUUUGGAGAAGUCAUUAGCGCCUUUACAUAAACCUAGCUCAGUUCGCAGUUACCAUGCUGCGUUAUCUUAUUGUAUGAUUCAGUAUAUCAACAAGGACCGUAGUUUGGCAUGUCCCAUUAUAAAGGCAAUAUUGAAGUUUUGGCCUACUACCAGUGCUCAGAAUGAGAUUUUGUUUUUGAACGAGUUGGAAGAGGUUCUUAGUUUGACUGAGGCAACUGAAUUGACUGAUAUAGUUCGUCAGGUUGCUAUUCGUUUAUCACAGUGUACGGCAUCAACUCACUUUCAGGUGGCUGAGCGUGCUCUUUAUAUCUGGAACAAUGAUCGUGUAUGUCGUCUUUUGAAUAUGCACAAAGAUGUUGUAUACCCUUACAUGGUGCCUGCUAUUAAGGAAAACAUAGACAAUCACUGGAACGACGUGGUUCGUAAUUUGACAUACAACGUUUCCAAGUUGUUGUCUGACAAUGACAUGGAUUUGUAUUCUAGUUGCGGAGGUUCAAAUUCCACUACAAGGUCCAUGCAGUCGUUUAAUUUGACUCCAUUUGGCAGUUUUGGUUCUGGUUCACCUGUAAGGGGUAUGUCAUUAGGAUCCAUGGAUCAAUUUUUAUCUCCGCGUGAGAUUGGCCACAAUCGUGUGGUUUGACAGUGCCUUUUUAUAUCUUAGCUUAAAUACAUUG